CGUUUGCUGCGUAAACAGCCUUCCUCCUCCGUACAACCAACUCAACAAUAUUCCUUGGUUCCCCCUUCUUCCGCUGCCGCCUUCUCCUCCGCUUCCUUCGUCCCGUCCUCCAGCGUGGCCGAACAGAGGCGAUAUCAAUCCGAGCGUGAAAGGGAGUGAUUGGUUGAUUGAUUGAUCGUGCGAGAUGGUUCACUUGCCGCACUUGGGGAAGCUGCGGCGGGAGGUAAAGGAGGAGGUCGCGGACGCGGCCGACGGCCCCGCCGCCGCGUCGCCGUUUCACAAGAGGUCGCGACUCGCGCACCAGCAGCAGCAGCAAUGGAGCACAAGAGGUGCUAGUGUGUCCAAUCAGCAGUCCUCACAGCAUGGUUUCCUUGAUGAGCCUAGCCCACUUGGCCUGCGGCUGAAGAAGAGCCCCUCACUGUUGGAUUUGAUUCAGAUGAAGCUUGCACAGGCCAAUAAGGGCACAGACACUCGGCAAGCCAGUAAUGCUGGUGCUUCUGAGAAACUAAAGGCUUCUAAUUUCCCUGGUUCAGUUCUGCGUAUUGGAUCUUGGGAGUGGGUUUCAAGGUACGAAGGAGAUCUGGUGGCAAAAUGCUAUUUUGCGAAGCACAAACUUGUUUGGGAAGUAUUGGACGGUGGUCUCAAGAGCAAAAUUGAAAUACAAUGGUCUGAUAUCUGUGGACUGAAGUUGUUCUGUCCAGAAAAUGAACCUGGGACCUUGGAGAUUGCGUUGUCUAGACCACCACUUUUCUUCAGAGAAACCAACCCACAACCAAGGAAGCAUACAUUGUGGCAGGCGACAUCAGAUUUUACUGGUGGACAGGCAAGCAUGUACAGGGUGCACUUUAUUCAGUGCCCGCAAGGUAUGAUGAAUAAGCAUAUGGACAAGCUUGUUCACUGUGACCCACGUCUGCAAUCGCUCAGCCAACAAAAUGAUUUUGCUCUGGAUAAUCUUUAUUUUGAGAAGUGUUCCAUAUUUGAAGACACGGAGGAUAUUAAGUGUCAAAAAUUUGAGCAUAAAAAUGAUGACAACCAGUUAGCCCCACCGAGCUCUAAUGCAUUGUUAUCACCUCAGUCUUCAGCCAGUAGGAUGGAUGCUGAAGUAAGACAGCAAUCUGGAACAUCAGAUGUCUUGCCUGGACCGUACCCUAGUUCAGAUGGUACUUCUGUUGAGGGCGAACCACAUGCAAGCAUCUUUAAUUGGAAUGGUUUCAGAGUGCCAGGGAUCAGACGCUCAAUGUCCAAGAGUGACAUUGCAAACCACAUAGGGUACCACAUGUACAAACAGAUGUAUUCAGGCAACCUACCUGCAAAUGAUGCUGGAAUUGGUUCAUUGGGCAAUGGCAAUUGUUCAAACAGCAAAGUUUCAUUUGAUGAGCUAACCAGGCAGCUCCUGAAUGACACCCAGAUUUCUGACUCGGCUGAUGAAAGGAUGCUCAUGUCAAGAGUGAACUCCCUCUGCUGCCUGAUCCAGAGGGACACAGGUUCAGGUCAGGCAGCCCCUGGAGAUGGCAGCAAUGGUUUAUUGCCUCCGAGGCAAGAAUCAUUUAGUGAUCUCGUGACCAAUCUACCGCGCAUCUCAUCAUUUCCUCACUUCUUGUGAGUUUAGUAUCAGGUGGCAAAAAAGUAUGCUGUGGGAGUACGUGGCCGCUGGGUAUAGUUGCAACCAUAUUAGCUAGCCACCGAAAUUGUGGUGUGCAGAAUUUUUGCCGGAAAACGUGUUGACUCCUUUUGUCCUUUCCUUGUAUCUUUGGUGUACAUAGUAGAUUGGGAGGAGGAUAAUUAGAUGUGAGCUUUGUUUGAUUUCAUAGAGCAAUACAAAUGUUGGUUUUCUAUGCUGUAUAUGGUCUACUUUGUCUAGUAUACCUUAUUUAACUAUGGCUCAGACUUCACGCUCAUUUGAGGCCA